ACCGAUCUCUCUUCCUCUUCCGUAUCUCUUCUAUUCCGAUCAAACAACCGAUGAAUCCAUUCCAUUAAUUCUUCAACCACGAACAGAAAGAAAGGAAUUUAAUUUAAUUUCUCCAACUUCUUGAUCAAUUGCCAAAAUUCACCAGCCUGCGGUCGUCGCUCGACCUCCUCAAUCGUCCGCGGCCACCAAAAUCUGACCAUCUCCGGUAAUUUUCAGAUGACAAACGCUCCCAACUCUGACUUCGUGGAGGAUGUAUGGCUGAAGAAAUUAGAGAGCAUGGAGAAUGCCAAGAAAUGCUUGCAGGGAGAAAUCGAGCGGUUGGCUGAUGAGGUAUUGGGAAAGCAUGCAGGUACCGAUCUGAAGCCCGAGGUGGUGGAGGCCUUACUCAGUAGUAGAGGCAGUAUCACCCAAGCCGGGUCGAUCAAGAAGCUGGUUCUGGACCUGCUCAAGGAUCUUGAAGCCACAGAUGCGAGGUAUCAAGUGCUUGAAACGGAGCUCCGGCAAAUGAACGCGACAAAAGACAAGGUUGCUAAGCAAGGAUGGGGCAUCGCCUUCGUACUCCUUUCACUUAUGAUUGUAUUCAUGGUCCUUUAUCCAAAUCCAAUUAGCUGUCUCUUCUAAGCUGAGAUCUAGAGGAGUUUAGAAUGUCCUUCAUUCCAAAAGUAACAGUACAUCUCCUUGUAUUCUAUGCUUCUCCAUAUCUCCAAUUUUAUGCACUUAGUUGGAAAGUGAACAUUUUUUGUUGUUGUUGCCAUGCCAUGACUAAGGUAUGUAAUUAGAGGUGUCAAUUUAUAAUCCAAUCCAAUUCAAUCCAUCCACUUAAAUAUUCAACUAAUCCAAUUCAUUUAAAUUCAAUUCAAUUGAUAUCAACCCAAUUGAAUUGGUGGAUUAAUGGAUCGUUCGCAAAUUCCACCUUUUUGAAUGAAUAAUAAGCUUUUUAUUUCAGCAAAUAUGAUCAAAAUCAAUCAGUACAAUGUAAGAUGGUACAAAAAAAAAAACACAGACAGAAACGGGAAAACAACAACUAAGACGACUCUACUACCAGAAAUCAAGAAACACUACACUAAAGGCGAAAUCAAAGAGGAGAAACCCUGGUUGUUGCAACUACCUUGGGGCAGCCCUCUAUUUUGGCUUCAGUUACACCCUGCAUCUUCUUCAAUAAUUCUUCUAUUGCCUGAUUCCUGUGAGCAUAACACCUUCUUACCAUGACCCUCUUGGAUUAUAAUCUCACCCUGGUUAGAAAACAACCCAUAUUACCUUCUUAGUGAAAGAGCAACAGAAGAAGAGAUGCUCCCUGGAUUCUGGAGCUUUCAGGCACAAUAAACAAACUUCAUUAAUUUCUGGAGACUACCUCUUGAUCUUGCCAAGGGUGAAGAUUCUAUCCAAAAUAAUCAACCAAAAAGUAACCAAAUUUCUGAAGAUCUGCAACCCUUUACAGAUUAGACUGGACCAUUCAAGCUUGCUCCCUCGAGGUCUAAUGUUGUCCCAUACAGUUUUUACCUUAAACUUAGUUAUCAGCUUGCAUUCCCAAACAAUGCUACUACUUGUAGCACACAACUUUCUUGCUGCUAACCCUUUGAGUUUGAGGAUCUUGGACCAGACCCUUGAACCUGUAGUCUAUACUCCCCUUAUAUUCAAAAUUUUCAACCUAUAUUCCUUUAUCCAGGCUGUCUAGAGUGUUUUUAAUAAGCUAGGAUAACCCAUUUAUGUCUUAGCAAACAAGCCUUAUUCCAACUACAUAGAUCCUCUCUGAAAAGCUCUUUUCUAUUAUUAUUUUUUUGCAUUUUCCUUCUUGACUCUUGUUUCCAAUAUGCCUACAAUAUCCACCUUAUAUCUACUGUAUACUAUAUACCCAUAUUUAGAGGAGUUAUUAUAUCCCCGCAUGUUUCAUGACAGAACAAUCAUUUUACUUGGAUGGAUGUUUGACCUUUGAAGGCCAACCUACCUUUUUCCCUUUUCUCAACUAGGGCCAUGGUAUUUUUGCAUCUCCGGCAAUUGUAGAGGAUCCUUGAGAGGAGAUACCACUAAAGAGCCCACCUCAAACGGGUCCAGAGAAGACAAUAUCUCAAAAGAAUUAGUAACCAACUACCCUUUCACAAGGCUAGCUCUAGAACUACUUGCUGGAACUCUUUUUCAGUUGGUAGAGUGUGUUCUGAAGCCACAAUUGAAGACCAGUUGUUACCAACUGCCAGAGAAGAGACCAAGUUUGAACUGUCUGGUUCAAACCCAACUUAGCCCUUUCUACUGAACUUUCGACAAUCACCCCCACUAUCUGACCGCAUUCAUGUCUCAAUUCAUCUGUCUGAUCGUGUUCGUUCUCCUUUUCGUUAUCGUCUUGGCUAUUACAUCCACAAUUGAUUAUGCUAUCGAAGUCUGGUAGACUCCUCUCAUCCUCCUUUAUAGUAUUACAUUCAUGCUCAAAUUGUAACACUUUAUGCACACUAAAGGCAUAUUGAAAUA